AUGGUGGCCGUUGUCAAAACAGAAGAGGGCCAGGUGCUUGGUGCAAUCAUUUCAAGCGAACUGAAAGAAGGAGGGCACAACUUCUUUGGCGACGAUAACACGUGUCUCUUCUCGCUGGAGCCGCAGUUGAAUGUCCUUAGAACGAGCGGCUUGGGAAGGAACUUUGUCUAUCUAAAUACGAAAAACAAAUUUCAUCCCAUCGGUUUGGGCUUUGGAGGCCAAGUUGGUGCAUUCCGCUUCUGGAUUGGGGACGAAAUGAAGGAUUGCUACAUUACCAAGAGCGACUGCACGUAUUCUCCGGGCCGAAUGCUACAAACGAUGAACGAGCCAAUUCCACAGGGGCCUGAUCCACUCGAUAGCCUCUCUGGGCUCACCACAACGGUUGAAGGCGCCACUGCGACUUCCUCCUCAUCAAGGCCGAGAGCAGAUGCUUCCGUUUCACCGCCAUCUGCUGAAGGUAGUCUCACGGCCAAUUUCCUGGUACCUCUCAAUGUUAAGGAACUAGAAAUUUGGGGUACUGGAGAUGCCAGCACCCUGGAACAGCAACAGCACCUCCUGAAGCAACAGGAAAAGCUGCGGCAGGAACGCCGCCAGGUGGACAAGGGUCGGCUCUUAGAUAGUAACUUUGACAGAGAAUUUCUGUUGGGUGGCACUUUCAGCCGUGCAAAGGGCCCAGAAGCACCGGCUGUCUAG